AUGUGUUACAAGGGCGUGAAGCCUUUUAAGUGUACAGAGUGUGAUGAAGCAUUUUCACUGUCUGGUGACCUUCAGGAACACAUGAGGUGUCACGAUGAAGCAAAGUCUGACAAGAGUAGCGAGUUUGAAGAAGCAUCAAGUAGCAUGGAGGUCAAUGUGGGUUCUCAUGUUGCCAUCAAGCCAUAUGAGUGUGGAGAGUGUGACAAAGCAUUUUCUGAAAGAAUUGAACUGCAGACACACAUGAUUUGUCAUGGUGAUGUCAAGCCAUAUGAGUGUAGAGAGUGUCAGGAAGUAUUCGAACUCCCAUGUGACCUGAAAGAUCACAUGGUUUGUCACGGAGAAGCCAAGCCAUAUGAGUGUGGUUUGUGUAGUAAAACAUUUGCAGAAUCAGCCUACCUGAAGAGACAUAUGAAGUGUCACACUGGAAUCAAGCCAUUUGAGUGUGGUGUGUGCAGCAAAAGAUUCACCCAAUCAAAUAACCUGCAAAGACACAUGUUGUUUCACAGUGGAGUCAAGCCAUAUGUAUGCAAUGAAUGUGGUAAAGCCUUUGCAACAUCAAGUAACCUGCAGAUACAUUUGAAGGUUCACAGCGGAGACAAGCCCUUUGAGUGUACAGAGUGUGGGAAAGCGUUUUCACGAUCAGUCUACCUUCAAGUACACAUGAGGUAUCACAGUGGUGUGAAACCUUAUGAGUGUGAUGAAUGUGGGAAAACUUUUGCCCAGGCAAGUCAUCUCCAGGUGCACAAGAGGUGCCACAGUGGUGUCAAGCCGUAUAAAUGUGAUGUGUGUGAGAAAUCAUUUGUAACAUCAAGCCAUCUACAGAGACACAUGAGGAGUCACACAGGAGUCAAACCUUACGAAUGCACUGUUUGUGACAAGGCAUUCACAACAUCAAGUCACCUUCAUGCUCACAUGAGUUGUCACACCAAAGCCAAGCCCCAUCAGUGUACUGGUUGUUUCAAAAACUUUAAACGUCUAGGCGACAUGCAGAAGCACAUGAGAAUUUAUUGUGAGGUCCUUGUUGGCAAGACUGAAGUCUUAAUUCCUUGA